CUUAGAACCCGACAGAACCUCAGUCUGGUUCUCUGACGGAUGGGCUGAAGUGACCCGGUUCUUCUCUAAUGACCAGUGGCCCAGUGGUGCAGUGUCCGCCCUGGACCAGCAGGCUGGGGGUUCUACCGGCAGUCGGGUAGAGUCGGUGAACAACCUUCUCCCAUCCAGGUGUGACACCUGAAGGAGCCUCACCUGGAUGGUCUCUCUGGACCCGGUCCAUGGAUCGCUGCUGUAUCCGCCGGAUGCCAGGUUGACGGAGAAAGAGAAAACCAGCAUUUGUUACCUGUCCUUCCCCGACUCCUACUCAGGAUGCCAUGGGGACACCCAGUUCACCUUCAGGUUCCGUCAGUCUGUCGGCCGCCGAGCCUCCAGCGCCAUCGACAUCUACAACAGAGACGCCCCCGCCAGCCUGCAGGUGGAAGCUGCACAUUUCUUUGGAUACGCCUACUUCCGCCAGGUGAAGGACACCUCUGUGAAGAGAGGCUACUUCCAGAAGUCUCUGGUGCUGGUGUCCAGGUUGCCCUAUUCCAUCCUGUUCCACUCCAUCCUGCAGGUGCUCGCACCUGAGUUCUUUGAGAAGCUGCAGCCGUGCCUGGAAACAGUUUGUAAUGAGAUCGACCAAUGGCCGGCUCCCACACCUGGAGUCACUCUCAACUUACCUGUGAUGGGCAUGAUCUUCCAGGUGAGGAUUCCCGCCAAAGCAGACAAGCUUGGAGGAAGUCCAGUGAGACAGAGCGCCGCCGAGAACCUCAUGCCGGUUCCGACGCUCCUGCCGUCCGUCCACGAACUGGACUUCUUCAGGUGUUUCCAGUCGGUUCUGAUCCACCUGCAGAUGCUGUGGGAGCUUUCGCUGCUCGGGGAACCGCUGAUCGUCAUGGCGCCGUCUCCAACCGUUUCCUCAGAGAUUGUUCUGGCUCUGACCAGGUCCAUCAGCCCGCUGAAGUUCUGCUGCGACUUCCGUCCCUAUUUCACCAUCCAUGACAGCGAGUUCAAGGAGUACACUACCAAGACUCAGGCGCCGCCUAACGUGGUCCUCGGCGUCACCAAUCCGUUCUUCAUCAAGACGUUUCAGAACUGGCCACACAUCGUCCGGCUGGGAGAUGUCAGGAUUGAAGGUGACCUACCAAAGCAGGUGAAGGUGAAGAAACCCUCCAAACUGAAGACCCUGGACACAAAGCCAGGUAUCUACACGGCCUACAAGACCUUCCUACACAAGGACAAGAUCCUCAUCAAGAGGCUGUUGAAGGGCAUUCAGAGGAGGCGGCCGUCAGAGGCGCAGAGUGCCAUCCUGAGGCGCCACCUGCUGGAGCUGACGCAGAGCUUCAUCAUUCCUCUGGAGCGGUACAUGGCCAGCCUGAUGCCCCUGCAGAGAUCCGUGACCCCCUGGAAGACUCCUCCCCAGAUCCGCCCCUUUGUUCAGGACGACUUCCUGUCCACGCUGGAGCAUGCUGGCCCGCAGCUGACCUCACCGCUCCGAGGGGACUGGGUGGGUUUGUACAGGAAGUUCUUCCGAUCUCCAAACUUUGACGGCUGGUACCGUCAGCGGCACCAGGAGAUGACGCAGAAGCUGGAGGGCCUUCACCUGGAGGUGAUCUGUGACGCGGACCUGCUGGGAUGGACCCGGGACAAAUCCGAGGUGGAAAUCGUGGAUCUGAUCCUGAAGCUCCGGGACAAGCUGAUUAAAGCCCGCAGACAGCAGCUGCCGGUCCAAGAUGGAGUCUUCCAGAACCUGGAUACUUUCAUCAGAACUUUGAUCGGGUCACUGCGGGACGAUCUGCAGGAUGUCCUUGAAACGGGCUGAUGGAACCAGAACUUUUGUCCUGUUGGACCCAUGAAGAUCACCUGAACUGUUUGGUUACAGAACCGGGAGGCUGUGAAGGUCCAAUAAAGUCUGAACCAUCUGA